AUGAUAAAGACUUACAGAAGACAGAAUCACUCACAGGGCACCAUCAAGUGCCAGUUAACGUCUCUUCUAUUUGACGGAAGCCGCCAACUGGUGCCUGACAUGCUUAGUAAUUGUGUCCCAUCUGCUGCUCCACACUCAGACAAUCAUCGCACCAUCGAUAACCUCGUAAACAACCACAAUCAACAACGCUCAAUCAUGUCUUCGACUCAUUCAUCUCCGUCUCCAUUGUGUACACAAGCUGGGGCUACUGCAAACUGGGAGCGUCUGCGCAAGUCGUGUGAUUCAUGUCAGGAAGCCAAGGUCAAGUGCAGUCAGCACAAGCCCUCGUGCCAUCGCUGCCUUCGUCAUCGCCAACCAUGCAUCUACAGCCCGCAGCGACGCACUGGACGGCCACGAAAGAGGCCUACCCUUGACGGGACUUUACAUUCCGCAGUGAAUUUAGGGAGCGAUGAAUAUAGGGCAAUAAUCACGGAGGCGACUAGCUCAACCGUCAACGGCCAGGACCUCGUCAUGGCCGAUGUCCGCGGUGAUGAUACACCCUUGCUGGCCGGUGGCAUUACUGCGGACAACAUCAAUUCCAUCAGCAGCGUUUUUGAACCAUCGUUCGAAGCGUUGUUAGCAGGUUCGCCACUCAGCAAGGAUCCGACCACCAGAGAUAGCCACUCAGACUCCUGUCAUACGGGCUAUCCAACUGCCUCUCCGUCCGAUGCAUGGGGGGAUUUAUCCCUUUUCUUGCCCGAUUACAAUACCUCCAGUCUAUCACAUCCGGAGCAUGUAGUCGCCGGCAUCGACCAGCUACCCCCUCUCAGUGUGGACGCUUCGAACACAAGCAGUGAGAAUGGGGAUUGCGGAGCCAAAUGUUACACAGCGCUUCUUCAACAGCUCUUGUUCUUGCGCCAGUCGCUUCCUGAGAGCUCUCGUCCCUCAAUUGACGUAAUACUGGAGGUGGAGAGCCACGAGCGCCGUCUUCUCGAUCGAGUCCUGAGCUGCGCCACGUGUCUCAGUAAUCGUUCGUCUGUACUCCUCAUGUCGGUGAUUACCGAGCGCGUGAUCCAGAUGCUCGACUGGAUCAUUGAGGAGAAGACUCUACUUGACACGGAAAGCGCGCGCUCCAUCCGGCGAACAGCCAGUUCCUGGACGCAAACUUCACAACUGCCCCCGGCGGGGAACCGCACCGACGGCCGGCCGUAUGUGUGCCUCGUUCCGUUACAUGUAGGGAGCACUGAACUCGACGAGGAUACCAAGCAGUACUUCCUCAAGCAGCUUAUCCUCAUGCGGAUGAAGAAGCUUGCCGCCAAAGUACAGGAUGUGCGACGGACCACUAGCACGCGCCGGGGGGACUGCAUCUACCGUGCUGCCGAAUUGGUACUUGCAGAGUCACUUCAACGAUUGGACUAUCUCCGCGGACAGGUUCAAAUGUGGGAGUGA